UAAAUUAUCAGUGACGUACUGAACAGCUGAGAGCAGAAGAAGACGCUGUUCCCCCUACGACUUUGACGUACGGUGCUGAGGCUGUCUGACCUUCCUCCUGCAGCGUGACAAACUGAAAAAUGGCUGGAAGCGCCUUCACAAAGUGGUGGACCCUCAUGAGCCCCUACUACACCAAAGCCUACCAGGAGAUGUGGGUGGGUGUCGGUAUCAUGACAUACCUAUACUACAAAGUUUCCUAUGGGGGCAAGAAGGCUGUGAAGGCCAAGCCAGCCCACUGAGUUUUCCACCAUUCUGACUCCCCCCUCAGCCUGCUGUUAAAUAAAUGCCCCCUGUUCCAGGUCCAGAAGUCCAAGCUUCAUAUUUCUGCUUUUGUUAAUAUGGAAGAAAUAAAGUUGCUAUCCGAGACUCAA